AAUAAAUACUAUUUAAAUUAAUGAAUGAAUGAGCUAAUGACAAUCAAUAAAGGUGUGAUCCCGCCUACGUCCCAUUGGUCCGGCUGGAGGCCCGCGCCCGGGCGCCCACUGCAGCCCAUUGUGACGAGGGCCGCGGCCGGCUAGUCACCAAGGCAGGCAGCCGCGGCUGGGCAGAUCCCGGGGAGCCAUGGCAGAGACGCAGGAGCUGCUACUGCAGCUGCAGAAGGACAACCGCGACGGGCGCCUUCGGAAGCAGGAGCUGGAGGAGCUGGUGAGCGGGCUCGAAGCCGAGAGCGAGAGCCUCACUGGGCGCCUGCAGGAACUGCGCGAGCGCGAGCGCAGCCUGCAGCGGAGGCUCAGCCAGGCGGCGCGGGCCCCGCGAGGGGAGGCGCGCGAGGCGACGCGGGAGCGCGCAGAGCGGGCGCGUGGACUGCUGGAGCUGGCGGAGCAGCGCAAGCAGGACUUGGAGCGACAAAACCGACAGCUGCAGGAGCAGUGGGAAGAGCUGUCAAGUCAGCUCUUCUACUACGGAGGGGAACAACUGAGUCAGCAGCGUGCGGAGCAGCAACUCGGGACCCAACUGGUGGCGUUGCAGAAACAACUGGCGUUGCUGGAGGCCAAGCACGCCAUGCAGGCGGAGGGCCUGCGGCAGGGCGCACAGCGGACGGAGGAAGCCUGGGCCAGCUUCCAGGAGCAGAGCGGAGUUUUGCAGGAGCUGCAGGGCAAGGUGAUGGAGGCGGCGGCUGCGUUGGACGCUUCGCGGGGCGGCCCAGAACUCUGCAACUCUCAGCCUCGCCAGGUGCACGACUGCGCGGGCUCCCUCAUGGAGGAGGUGGCCAAGGCCGACAGUGAGAAGAGGCUGUUCAGGGGCGCGGGCGCGGCGGGCCUCAGGCUUUGGGCGUUGAGUGCUCUGCAGACGCUGCUGCUGCUCCCACUCGGCUUCCUGGCGCUGCCGCUGCUCUACCUGGUGCUGGUCAAUCCCGACGCCUUCCGCCGCGGGCUCCCGCGCCUCAGCACGGACGCCGCCUUCCGCCGCCUGCGCUACACGCUGUCCCCGCUGCUCGAGCUGCGCGCGCGCGGGCUACUGCCAGCCUAGGGCUCAUCACGUCGGCCGCGGCCGCCUGCAGCUCUGUCUCCCGUGUGGUUUUUGGUCGCCUGGGGGUGCCCGAAGGGGGGGACGCCCGGGGGAUGGGUUGUGUGUCCCUCGGGGCUCAGCGACCCGCCAUGGCAACGCGGUCUUAGCGGGCACGGGGCCUUCCAGGCGGAUCUUUCAUCUGGAGAGGCUGCCCCAGGAGCCCCGCAGCGGAGCGGGCGACCCCGGCCAGGGCCUUGGGCUUGAGGGGAGCGCGCCCUCGCCCGGCGCCCCCGCCUGGGCAGCUCGCACCAGGGGGCUCCCGGUGGCCCUGCGGGGAGCCCCCUUUCCUAUAGCCCCUGCUGCUUCACGGAGCCAACUCAGAAGUUGGUCAGUUUCUUAUUACUAAACUUGCCUUUU